UAUCUCUCUGUCUACCAUUAUGCAGUUCACAUUGUCUCAGGGGUGGGGUAUAAAAUUCCCUGUAAUUUUCAAAUAGACAUUGAAUUAAUGAGAUAUCCAUUAACCUAAAAAUGACACAGAAUCAUUGUUUAUAUUCAAAGCAACAGAUGGAACGAAACCACUGAUGCUAGGCAAUUAAAUCAAUGCCUAAAUAUUGGUGCCCAGUUAAUCUAAUCAAACAUGGUGUGAAACAAGAUCCCUACCAAUGCACAAGUGUACGUGUGCAUCUGUUUUUAGUCAGAAAUAGGCUCCUCUUCACACCACAAAGGUUUUAGGGUAGGAGAGUCAGAGGUUAGAGGUCAGGGUCUGGGUAUUGGACAAGACAAGGCCCUGCUAGGUAGAAAAUAGAUCCUACAUGCAUCUGUUCAAAAAGCUUAGCCAAGAGCCAUUUAGCAAACGUCACAUGGGGAGGGAGAACCCUAUAAAACCACAAGGCAUCCAUGGAGAACAUCUCAGUCCCUUUAGGAUCUUUACCACCGGCUGUACAGUGAUCUGCUCUUCCCAAAACAUUCAAAAGUAGCACCAUGUGCGACACCAUGCAGUAUGUGGAGGAGUUCGAGGAGGAUGUGAACGAAGAAGAAGAAGAAGAAGAAGAAGAGGAGGUUGAAGAAGAGGCUAAGGAGGAAGAAGAAACUGAGGAGAAGGAACAAGAGGGAGAUGAAGAAAAGGAGGCAGAAGAAGACACCAAACCCAAGCUCAAGAUGUAUGUUCCCAACAUUAUGGCACCAAAGCUGCCUGAUGGAGAGAAGCUGGACUUUGAUGACAUCCACCGGAAGCGUGUGGAGAAGGACUUCAAUGAAUUACAGAGUCUCAUCGAGCUGCACUUCUCCACCAGGCAGAAGGAGGAGGAUGAUCUCAUAGCUUUGAAGAACCGCAUUGAGCGGCGUCGGGCCGAUCGUGCCGAGCAGCAGCGCAUCAGAGCCGAGCGUGAGCGUGAGAGACAGGCACGCAUUGCCGAGGAAAGGGCACGGCGUGAGGAGGAGGCCGCCAAAUUACGAGCUGAGGAGGAUGCCAGGAAAAAGAAGAUCCUUUCAAACAAGGGCUACGGUGGCUAUCUGCAAAAGGUGGAUCAAAAGAAAGGCAAGAAAUUGACAGAACGUGAAAAGAAGACCAAAUGUCUGAUGGAACGUCGCAAGCCCCUCAACAUCGAUCACCUCAACCAGGAAAAGCUGGGAGAGAAAGCCCUUGACCUUUGGAAGUGGCUCAGCCAACUCCAAGCUGAGAAGUUUGACCUGGCUGAGAAACUAAAGAGGCAGAAGUACGACAUCAAAGUUCUGCGUAACCGCGUUAAUGACCAUCAAAGGGGAGCUAAGGUGACCAAGACCAUCAGGAAGACCAGGAAAUAAAUUAAUCACACUGACACAUGCAAUGACACAGAACAGAACCAAAAAGGUUUGUUGGAAUCACAGUUUCAAGUCUCAUAUCGAACUUUCCAGGACAACAUCAUUUCUAUUUUUAUUUCUUUUGAUUAAUAUGUUUAUUUAGCAUUGUAUCAUACAUGUAAUGGGUUUUAUUGGGUUUAAUGUUUUGUUUCAUGUAAUCUGAUGCUGUAAACCUUUAAAAGUUUAAUCUUUUUUUUGUUCCACAAGAUCUCACAACAGAAAUGCAAUCUUAUAUUUGAAUGUAUGAUUUUGUUUCUGAACAUUUACUCAUUAACCCAAAUGUUAACAAAUAUCUCAAAUUAAAGUAAUUUCAAUUUGGAAAA